AUGAUAGUUUUGUUUAAAUAUUUUAUUAAAAUAUUCUUAAAAAAAGGUAAAUUAAAUAAAAGUAUAAAAUUAUUAAUAUAUAUAUUAUAUUUAUUAAAAAAAAUAACUAAUAAAUUUGGUAUAAUUAUUUUUAAUAAAGCUAUAAAAAAUUUAUUAUUACCAUUUUCAUUUUAUAAAAUAAAAAUAAAUACAAUUAAAUAUAAUAUUCCUAUUAUUAUUUCUUUUAAUAAAUCUAUUUUUAAUGUAUAUAAAUUAUUUAUUAAAGUAAUACAAAAUAAAAAUACUUUAUUAUAUAAAAUUAUUUGUAAAUAUUUAAUUUUAAGUUAUAAUAAAGAAGGAGAUUUAUAUAAAAUGAAAUUGAAUUUAAUAAAACAAUUUAUAUCAAAUAGAACUUAUAUAUAUUUAUUAAAUAAAAAACAAUAA